AUGGCGGCGUGGCGGGAGCUGCUGCUGUCGCCGCCGAGCUCCGUGUGGCGCUGCUGGGGACGCGGCUGGCAGCCCCCGCACCGCGAGCGCGCCGACCCGCAGCCCCCCAAAUCUUGGAUCGAAGAGGUCUUCAGUAAAAGAGAAUGUGCCCACAUUAUCCCCAGCUCAAAAGAACCACACAGAUGUCCUGCAGGAUGCCAGGUGUGCCAGAAUUUAGUCAGGUGCUACUGUGGACGGCUGAUUGGAGAGCACCUAGGAACAGAAUGCAGCUGGCCUGUUUAUCAGGCUGGCUCACAGAGUGAUGGUGGAGAAUGGUCUGUGCAAAAACACACAAAGAUGAGUCCAACAGAUGCGUUUGGUACAAUAAAUUUUCAAGAUGGAGACCACACGUACCAUGCCAAGUAUAUUAGACUUUCUUAUGACAGCAAUUUGGAUCAACUGUUGCACCUGAUGGUUAAAGAAUGGCAGAUGGAAUUGCCAAAGCUAGUGAUCUCUGUUCAUGGAGGCAUUCAAAAUUUCAAGCUUCCCUCAAAGGUCAAACAGGUUUUCAGCAAAGGGCUGCUGAAAGCAGCUGAGUCUACAGGAGCAUGGAUAAUUACAGAAGGCAUCAACAGCGGAGUGUCCAGGCACGUGGGGGAUGCACUCAAAGGCCGUGCCUCACCACACCUGAGAAAGAUCUGUGCUAUUGGGAUUCCUCCAUGGGGUAUCAUUGAGAAUCAGGAUCUGAUCGGAAAAGAUGUAGUUUGCCUGUACCAGACUCUUGGUAACCCACUCAGCAAGCUGAGUACGCUCAACAGCAUGCAUUCUCAUUUUCUAAUGGCAGAUGAUGGUACAGUAGGCAAGUAUGGGAAUGAAAUGAUGCUCAGGAGGAAUUUGGAGAAGUACAUGUCACUUCAAAAAAUACACACAAGAAUGGGCCAAGGUGUUCCCAUGGUGGGGCUGGUGCUGGAAGGAGGCCCCAGUGUGAUCCUGAUGGUGUGGGAGUACGUGAGGGCCAGCCCAGCUGUGCCAGUGGUGGUCUACGAGGGCACUGGCAGAGCUGCAGAUAUCCUGGCCUUUGCCCACAAGCACACAGGUGACACGGGGGAUCUGUGCCCUCAGGUGAAGGAGGAGAUCUUAAUGAUGAUUCAGAACAUGUUUAGGUUGGAACAGAAGCAGUGCAGUCGCCUAUUUCAUGUUUUGAUGGAAUGCAUGAAACACAGAGAGUCUAUAACCGUAUUUGAUGCUGAGUCAGAAGAUGAGCAGGACAUUGAUUUGGCAAUUCUGACGGCACUCUUGAAAGGUACGAAUAUAUCUGCUUCAGAUCAGCUAGAUUUGGCAUUGGCCUGGAACCAGCUAGAUAUUGCCAAGAAACACAUACUUGUUUAUGGACAACACUGGAAGGUUGGUGCCUUGGAACAGGCAAUGCUGGAUGCUUUAGUCAUGGAUCGUGUGGAUUUUGUUAAACUGUUAAUAGAACACGGAGUGAACAUGCACCGUUUUCUUACCAUAUCUCGUUUGGAAGAACUUUACAAUACAAAACAAGGACCAGCAAAUCUGCUUUUACACCAUCUAGUUCGAGAUGUGAAACAGAAUAGCCUUUCUUUGGAUUACAAGAUAUCACUGAUUGACAUUGGACUGGUGAUAGAAUACCUCCUUGGUGAAGCUUAUCGAAGCAGCUACACAAGGAAGCAUUUCCGAAUUCUCUACAAUGGUCUCUACAGAAAACACAAGAGAGUGGUCUCCAGCUUGCCUCAAAGCCUGUCUCAUGCCUUUCAUCAGAGUAAUCAGAUGGAUAGUGGAAUGGGGUCCACUGAAAGUACUUUGCAUUCUCAGUUCUUCAGGACUGCACAGCCUUACAAAUACAAGGAAAGAUCCAGCCCUUUCCCAAAGUAUAAGAAGAAAUCAAAAGAGGAUGUAAACUACACAGAGAAUUAUGAGUCAACUGGCUUCACCUACCCGUAUAAUGACCUCCUGGUUUGGGCAGUAUUAAUGAAAAGACAGAAGAUGGCUAUGUUCUUCUGGCAGCAUGGAGAGGAAGCCAUGGUCAAAGCUGUUGUUGCUUGUAAACUCUACAGAGCAAUGGCACAUGAAGCUAAACAGAGCAACAUGGUGGAUGACACUUCAGAAGAACUCAAGAAGUAUUCAAAGGAAUUUGGGCAGCUUGCCUUAGAUGUGCUGGACAAAGCAUUCAAACAAAAUGAGCAGAUGGCCAUGAAGUUGCUGACCUAUGAACUGAAAAAUUGGAGCAACUCCACGUGCUUAAAGCUGGCUGUGUCCGUGGGGCUGCGGCCUUUUGUGUCCCACACGUGCACGCAGAUGCUGCUGACCGACAUGUGGAUGGGACGCCUGAAGAUGCGGAAGAACUCCUGGUUUAAGGUCAUUAUGAGUAUUCUCCUGCCUCCCACCAUCCUGAUGCUGGAGUUUAAAAGCAAGGCAGAAAUGUCCCAUGUGCCUCAGUCUCAAGACUUCCACCCAUUAUGGUAUCACGAGGAACAGAGCCCAGUCAGCUCUAAAGAUACUUUGAGGGGUUAUGAUGUAGAAAAGGCUGUUCAGAAGUCUGAUGAAAGCCAAGGAGAUGGUGGACAAGGAAACCUGACUGGAACUAGAAAAAUCUAUGAGUUCUACAAUGCACCAAUUGUCAAGUUCUGGUUUCACACGAUGUCAUACUUGGCAUUCCUCAUGCUCUUUACUUACACUGUGUUGGUGAAGAUGGAACCAAGACCAAGUGUGCAGGAGUGGCUUGUUAUCAUUUAUAUUUUCACUACUGCUAUUGAAAAAGUCAGGGAGGUGUUUAUCUCAGAACCUAGAAAAUUCUGCCAAAAGGUGAAGGUGUGGAUUUAUGAAUACUGGAAUUUUACUGAUUCUGUAGCUAUCAUCCUGUUUAUGAUUGGUUUUGGUUUGCGGUGGUCCAACCCCCCUGUUCAAACUGCAGGGAGGCUGCUUUACUGCUUGGAUAUCAUAUUUUGGUAUACUCGGCUCCUUGAUCUUUUCGCUGUGAAUCAGCAUGCUGGGCCAUACCUGACAAUGAUUGGGAAAAUGACGGGAAACAUGUUCUAUAUUGUGAUCAUGAUGGCCAUAGUCCUGCUUAGUUUUGGGGUGUCACGAAAGGCAAUUCUUUCACCAGAGGAGCCUCCUUCAUGGACCCUGGCACGGGAUAUUGUAUUUCAGCCCUACUGGAUGAUGUUUGGUGAGGUCUAUGCUGGAGAAAUAGAUGUUUGUGAAGCCAAUGAAGACUGUCCUCCCGGCUCCUUUCUCACACCCUUUCUGCAAGCUGUCUACCUCUUUGUGCAGUACAUCAUCAUGGUCAACUUGCUCAUUGCAUUCUUUAAUAAUGUUUAUUUUGAUUUGAAAUCCAUCUCGAACAAGCUCUGGAAGUACAACCGUUACCGCUACAUCAUGACCUACCGUGAGAAGCCGUGGCUGCCGCCACCCUUCAUCCUCCUCAGUCACAUUGGGCUUCUGGUAAAGUGCAUCUUCCACCACCAGCCCCCAAAUGAGUCGGACCAAGAGGAAGGAGAUGUUGGACUAAAGCUCUACCUGAGUGAUGAGGAGUUAAAGAAACUCCAUGACUUUGAGGAACAGUGUGUAGAAGAAUAUUUUCUUGAAAAGAAUGAAAACCUGAGUUCCAGUGGCAGUGAAAGGAUCCGUUUGACCACAGAAAGAGUGGAAGAGAUGUUUCAACAACUUAAAGAAGUGCAUGAGAAGGUAUUUUAUAUCAAGGAGUCUUUACUCUCCCUGGACAGCCAGCUAGGACAUUUGCAAGACCUGUCUGCCCUGACAGUGGACAUCCUGAAAGUGCUUUCUGCUGUAGACACCUUGAAGGUGGAAGAAGCCUUGCUGGCUGACACAAAACAUCAAACCUGUAGGAAGCUGCCCCAUAGCUGGAGCAAUGCAUACUAUUCCAAGACCUUGAGCAGCCUGGAGGGCUUGUGUGACAAGAAAUACCACUAUUACAGCAUGCCACCUUCCCUCUUAAGGAGCUUGGUAAGGACUCAGUCUCCAUCAGAGUGCAAACUCUUGAAGUCUGAGGGUAACAAGGUGGGAGAAGACAGCUCUCAGAAGGUAGAAAUAGAAACAGACACACUCACUUCAGGAGUAUCCUCUGAGACUAAGUCAACUCCUAGGUAUGGGCAGUUUUUGCUGGUGCCCCCUGACCAUCAGGGAGGGUCUUUUCCUGAGGAUGUCACCUUAAAUUUGUCCUUUUUGAACACUGCUGUCAAGUACAAGGAUGAAGCAUUCAGAGAUGACCUGCAAAGUAGCAUUGUCGUUCCUCAAAACUUGCCGGGUAUCAGCUUCCUUGACAAAGAGACAGAAGGUUGCCAAUGGAGCCAGAGAGACUUUGUUAUUCAUUUGCCAUCAGAAAAGAUUGAUGCUGCAGAAACUGAUCAUCCUCUUGAUCUCCAGCUACCACUGGAUAUUGAAGAAAGUGCAGCAUCCCCCUGUGAUGACAGGGAAGAAACUGAAGGUGGUUAUGUGAACUGGGGAUUCUCUGAAGGUGAUGAAAAAGGAGUUUUCACCUCAGAUUCAAAGAAGAAAGCCCUGUGCCUCCAUUCCUCCUAUGACAGGGAUAACAAUUGCCAGAACAAUCCCACCAGGCAUGUCCAGUUAAGUCAUUCGAAGUCCUUCUCCUACAACUCUGUCAAGUCAUGUCACAGCAGCAGCAUCUCUCAGAACAGGCUGAAGAGAAGCAUCUCCUUCUGGAUCAGCCCUCUCUGGAGGGACUGGAGUUUCUGCAGAAGCAACAGCUUACCAUCCCCUAAGAAAGAGAGAUCAGGGAAAAUCUGCAAGGCCCUAGGCGAAUCUUUAGGAUCCUGUGAGCUACACCACAGUGAGGCAACAAAAGCAAAACAGCAAAACAGAGACAGAAAGUCUGGGAGCGGAAAGAGGAAUCAAAAACCUCUUCAGGUGCCGGUGAUUAGAGUGGAUAAUUGUCCCCAGAACACUCAAGUGAACUCAGAGCCUGCAGAAAUCAAUGUCUGGGAUGAGCAAGAGAAACACAGCAAGAAUUGGCUCACCGUGUCUAAUUUCAGUCAGCUAAGUUUGGAACGUCUCCAUUACAAGCACCAGAAAAUUAAAAAUCCAGACUUUGGUGGGCAUACCAUACCAUUCUGUGAUUACCUGAGGCAUUCUCAAGAGGAUUUCAGUAAUAGCGUAUUUGGAAAUAUCAAGAAAAGUAAUCUGAACAGGAACUCCUCAUUGAGAUCUCCAGAGAAAACUGACAAUAUCUUCUCCUGCUUGAAAACAUCUCAAGAUUUGCAUCUUCACUACUCAGGUGCUUCUAACCCUGACCAGACAGACAAUGAGGGCAACUGGGGUCAAGGCAUCUCAUCAACACAGUCUGUUGAAAGAAACAACUUGAUGAGACUUGCUCAGACCAUACCAUUUACACCAGUCCAGCUCUUUGCUGGAGAGGAAGUGACAGUCUAUCAGCUACAAGAGAGUUCACCUAUGAAUCUUGAUAAAAGCAUGUCUUCCUGGUCCCAGUGUGGCACAACUGCAAUGAUCCAAGUCCUGUCACGGGAGGAGAUGGAUGGGGGUCUGCGGAGGGCCAUGAAGGUCAUUUGUACUUGGUCUGAGAGUGAUGUAUUAAAGCUGGGACAGGUUUUUAUUGUGAAGUCUUUCCUGCCAGAGGUGGUUCAAGCUUGGCAAAAGAUCUUUCACCAUGGAACAGUAUUACAUCUCUGUCUGAGGGAGAUUCAACAGCAAAGGGUUGCCCAGAAGUUAAUCUAUACCUUCAAUCAAGUGAAGCCUCAUACUAUUCCCUAUACUCCAAGGUUCCUGGAAGUUUUCCUCAUCUACUGCCAUUCAGCAAAGCAGUGGUUAACCAUUGAGAAGUACAUGACCGGUGAAUUUCGGAAAUACAACAACAACAACGGAGAUGAGAUUACUCCCAUCAGCCUGCUGGAAGAGCUGAUGCUGGCCUUCUCUCACUGGACCUACGUCUACACCCGUGGGGAGCUCCUGGUCCUGGAUAUGCAAGGUGUUGGGGAAAACCUUACAGAUCCAUCUGUGAUUAAACCUGAAGAUAAAAAGUGUGGAAAGAUGGUAUUUGGACCAGCAAACCUAGGAGAAGAUGCAAUUAGAAACUUCGUUGCAAAGCAUCGUUGUAAUUCUUGCUGCAGAAAGCUGAAACUUCCCGAUUUGAGAAUUAGUGACUACACACUGGAAACUGCUGGUCCAGCCUUUGGAAUAGAAGUGGGAGCAAGAACUGAAGAAGCUGAUGAUGCAGAUAAGCCUUCUGAGUGUGACACACAGCUGUGAAGCAGAGAGCUCGUGUGUUUGCAUCC